AAACCCCACCCUCCGGCACAGCGGCUGUAAGCAGCGACGUUGGAGUGGUCCGAGGUGCUGGCCGCUGAAGGCUGACCGAGGAAGAGGAACGGAGUAAAAACUUCUCACGGAACAGUUCCGCAGUUUUGACACCGUCUUUAUGAAGCGGAGCACCGAAGUGACCCGGGCCCGGCGCUGAACUCCCAACAAGAACCAAAGUUAUCGGGAAUAGUUUGUUUUUCUUUCUUUCGGUUUUUUCCCUCCUCAGGACUGAAAAGCCAAGCAGAUUUGGAGAGCUCUUCCUGUUCCCAGAGUCGGCGGCUCGCAGUUUAUGUAUGAGCUCCUUCAUAACACAGCCAGCAUGGAUGUUUUGGAGCACGGGAAUGCGGGAUUUCCUGUGUGGUCACCGCAGUGUUGCGUUCAGGCGCACUUUCUGGGUCCUCGGGCUUAAAUAAUGAAGAGUGGUCAGCGCUUGAAACUUGUCGUAAAACACUGGUUGGCUGGACUGAAUGCUCCUUUUCCUGCUAUUCUUCUACUCCUCUCAGCGCUUCCUGCUUAUGGUGACCACUGCUCUUAAUGGCUAAAAAUACAUAAAAACCGAGUAUGGACUACCAAGUGUGUGGGAAAUGUUGAUUGGGACUCUCAUCUGUAAGCGGUUUCAUUCCUGAACAUUAAUUUUGAACUUUGACUCUUCGCACUUGCUGCUCAACAGUUGGUUGUUCUGAAUGAGGAGGGGGGAAAGGAGGACAAAUUCAGUCAUAAUGAGUUGAUUCCAGAGUCUUUUAAACACAGGAUGAUGAGAUGAUAAUUUACUCAAGCCAUGUGCGGGAAAACCACACACCACAUCAAUCUUUCAGAGAGUUAAUUACUGCUGACUUGUAGAGAUUUGAUAAAUGCUACGAAAAGCAAACCAUCUGAGGACUGCGGAAAUGGAAAGAUUUGAGUUUAAUCCAAGAACAAAUGGAAGACAUUUGACUUUCAUUUGUCCCUGAAUCCUUUUCCAUAGCCCACCUGUUGGUCUGACUUUUGAACACACCUCAUUGGUCCCUGAUGAGACAACAACAAAGACAGGAAAGGGAGCAAGGUGCAAUAAAGUACUCCUUUGUACUUUAUUUUCAGACCCCUGGAGUGAGCAGUCGGAUCCAGUCAGGCAAUAUAGUGGAGGUUCCAUGGAGCCGCUGAAGAACAUAUUCAGUCGUAGCUCGCUGUCGAACUGGAAGAACUUGGAUCAGUCCCAAAAAGGGAACUUCACCAACCCUGUAUGGACAGUUUUGUUCGACUAUGAGGCCUCUUGUAAAGACGAGCUCACCUUGCGUAAAGGUGACCUGGUGGAGGUUCUCUCUCAGGACUCUGAGAUAUCUGGGGAUGAGGGUUGGUGGGCAGGUAAGGUCAACAACAAGGUGGGCAUCUUCCCAUCCAACUACGGCUCCUUCAAGCCUAGUGGAUAUGCCAAGCUACCAGGUACCAGCGUGGUGGAGGAGCUGAACCGUGCCGUGGUUGGCACCGUUGAUCCCGAGGAGGUGGAUUUCCGGGAGCUGAGCUUGGAGGAGGUGAUUGGGGUUGGAGGCUUCGGGAAAGUGUAUCGAGGUACAUGGAGGGGUGAGCUGGUGGCCGUGAAGGCGGCCCGGCAAGACCCGGACGAGGACAUCAGUGUGACAGCGCAGAACGUGAAGCAGGAAGCCCAUUUGUUUGCCAUGCUCACCCACCAGAACAUCAUCGCCCUGAAGGGGGUGUGCUUGCAGGAGCCCAACCUGUGCCUCAUUAUGGAGUAUGCCUCGGGUGGACCACUGAGCCGGGCACUGGCCGGCCGCCGCAUCCCUCCUCACGUCCUGGUCAACUGGGCCGUGCAGAUAGCAAGAGGGAUGGUGUACCUGCACAAUGAAGCCAUCGUGCCGGUCAUCCACCGGGAUCUCAAGUCUAACAACAUCCUGCUGGCUCAGCCCAUAGAGAACGAAUGCAUGGAGGGGUUGACGUUGAAGAUCACUGACUUUGGCCUGGCGAGGGAGUGGCACAAGACCACAAAGAUGAGCACGGCCGGAACCUACGCCUGGAUGGCCCCGGAGGUCAUCAAGUCCUCCACCUUCUCCAAGGGCAGCGAUGUUUGGAGCUACGGUGUCCUGCUGUGGGAGCUGCUAACCGGGGAGGCCCCCUACAAAGGGAUCGAUGGUCUUGCCGUUGCCUACGGAGUCGCCGUCAACAAGCUGACCCUGCCCAUCCCUUCCACCUGCCCCGAACCCUUCGCUCAGCUCAUGUCAGAAUGCUGGGACCAGGACCCUCACCGACGGCCCGACUUUGGCUCCAUCCUGACGCAGCUGACCGCCCUGGAGCAGCAGGUGAAGGAGGAGAUGCCGCAGGAGUCGUUUCACUCGCUGCAGGAUGACUGGAAACUGGAGAUCCAGGACAUGUUUGACGAACUGCGGGCCAAAGAGAAGGAGCUGCGGUGCCGCGAAGAGGAGCUAAAGCGAGCGGCCCUGGAGCAGAAGUCCCACGAAGAGUUCCUGCGGCAGCGCGAGCAGCAGCUGGCCCAGUGGGAGCAGGACGUGUUCGAGCGCGAGCUCAGCCUCCUCAUCCUCCACCUGAACCAGAACCAGGAGAAACCCAACGUCAAGAAGCGCAAGGGCACUUUCAAGAAGCACAAGCUCAAGAGCAAGAACGGCGAGAAGAUCAGCAUGCCACAAGAUUUCAUCCAUAAAAUUACAGUGCAGGCAUCCCCAGGCCUGGAAAAGAGGCGGAACUCUCCGGAUUUGGGUUCGGGCUCCUCGCCGUCCUUCGGCCCACGGUUUCGUGCAAUCCAACUUACUAAACCAUGA